AUGGAUGGAAUAAGUUCCCUCAGCAAUUACACAUCUUUUAUUUUUGUUGAUUCUCUCCAAAAUAAGACAGAAAAGGAUAAAUAUUUGCUUACAUUUAAUGCUCUCAAAGAUAUUCAGACAUGCCUUGGUCUUAAUGUAGGAUGUUCAGAUGAUACUGAUGUAAUCAAAUUCAGAGAGUUAUUGAAUAAUGAAGCACAAAAAAUAGAAGCAAUGUUUAACAUCAGAAAUGAGCAUCCAGUUAUCAGGAACAGAAGCAAUUGGGAAUUAAUUGGAUUCACUGAAGAAAAUUAUCGCAAAGCAUUGAAUGAGCUUUACAAAUACCGCGAUGAAAUCGCUCAAAACUAUGAAAUUAUUAAGAAUUUCAUCACUGAAGGUUAUAAUAGGUAUCACAAAAAUAAAGAGAAACAUCAAGAUUGUGUAUCACACUCUUUGAAAUAA